AUGGGGAAAAUUGGAAAUCAAGAUGUGCAACAAGAAGAACAGAGGGAGAACGACGGUGAAGGCUGUUCACGGUGUUCGGCGGUGCUGAGAUUAUUCAGUUUCAAGUGUUUUUUCAUUCUCCUUUUCAGUUUAUCGGCUUUUCUUUCCGGAAUCUUCUGGGUUCUUCCUAAACACAAUUCAACUCAAUUGAGCUUUGAUGCUAAAGAUGUAAUUAAGCACAGUGCUACUGUUCAGGCAUCGUUCAGGCUGGAAAAACCAGUUUCACAGCUUAUUCCAUACAUUGAAAGAUUACAAGAUGAUAUAUUUGGUGAAAUAGCUCUGCCAAAUACAAAGGUGGCUAUCCUAUCCAUACACCAAAGUGUUGCACCUAGCUUGUCUGAUGUGCAAUCCAAUCUGACUUUCACAACAUCAGUAUUUGGAAACGCAUCUUUGUUUGAGAUCUUGAAGAUUCCUGGCGGGUUAACUGUAAAACCAGUGCAGUCUGCUUCUAUUUGGCAGAUACCUGAGAUUCUGUUUAAUUUUACUCUUAAUAAUUCAAUAUCUGAAGUCCUGGAUAAGUUUGACGACUUUGAGGAAGAAUUGAAGUUUGGGUUGCAUCUGAAGUCGGACGAGAAUGUCUAUGUGCACAUAACAAAUGCACGUGGCUCAACAGUAGCUCGUCCUGUGGUAGUGCAGGCAUCAGUCAUGCGAGGGUUUGAGAGCCUUUUGCCACAAAGAUUGAAACAAAUAGCUCAAACAAUAAGACGCUCUGCUAGAAAAAAUCUUGGCCUUAAUAACUUGGUUUUUGGCAAAGUCAAAGAAAUCAGGUUAUCUUCUUUAUUAAAGGAUACACUACAUGCUCACCCACCUGCUCCUGCCCCAUCCCCACAGUUAGUUGAUCAUUCUGAGCCAUUAAUUUCACCAUACCAUGCUCCUUCUCCUUCUCCAAUAUCCCCAGAAACUUCUGAGAAACCUCCUUGUUUUGACUGUGAAGUAUUCUCACCUUCACCUUCCAUUAUGACCGAGCAUCCUGCAGAUCCCUGUCCAUACAGUUGCUUCAAGCUCCUCCAAGAUAGGGAGAAAUCUAAAAAGUUGGUGUCUCGCGUACUUGCUCCGCUCUCUCAAUCUUCAGCAGGCGGCGGUUUCCACUCAGAAAUCUUGCUAAUGGGAUUUUGUUUGCUAUUAGUAUCUUUUGUUCUUAUCAAUGAUAUUAUAUUUCAAUGA